AUGUCCAAUGAUAAUGACAAAUUAACAAUACAAGAAAAAGAAGAUUUAUGUUAUAUUGGAUGUCGAAGAAAGAAAUCGCAUGAGUGCAUCAGUUCACAUGAUAGGUCGAAAGUUAAACAACACCUAGAGUUUAUGAAUUUGUUGUCUAACAUAUCCUCUGACAAUACUAUACUUCCUGUACAGGGGCCUACCGCCUUUGGUGAGUUUCCGGGAAAUACCUUAUUUCUUGACAAGUUCUUCAUGAAUGCUGUUAUCAAAAGAGGCACCUUGUGGGGCUUUUUAAAAAGGUCUGACACGCCAUUGGCUAGAUUAAGACAAUGUUUUGCAAGCGGUGAAUGCGCUGAACGCAUUUUAUAUAUUUUACGGGUAUACUGGUGGGCUGUUAUACUCUGCUCUAUUGCGGGCUUAGUUUUAUUUUGUUUAUUUGUUAAGUGCUGCGCUGUACAUACUAAAAGCAGUAAUCCGGAAGUAGAAUUACGUCACCCUCACAGAUCUGUUCGCCAGUCGGUUACAAGUGUCCGAGAUUCUGUGGUUCAUCCUCAGAAAACAUUUCGUGCCUCAGUGAGGAGUGUUCGUGGAUCUUUAAGGAGUGUUAGUGGCACGAUGAGAAAUGCUCGAGAUUCAUUUAGACGUAUGAACAGUCGACCAGUAACUAGCGAAUUUGAUUUAAAGAAAAUUGAAGAGGAAUUAGAAGUUCUUAAUAAAAAUCCGUCCACAAAUGUUGACGAUGUAUUUCUGUAAGUUCGACAAAGUUUGUUUAUGUAAGGAUGGAUGACAUAACAAGUUUUUACUCACAUGGUAAUUUAUGAAAUGCUUUUAAAAAGAUGUAUUGAGUUCAAAUCACGUGAUGAUAUAACAUGUGUAAUUAACUUAUAAUUGCAAAUAUCAUGUUGUUUCAUUGUUACUUGACAAUACAUCUUUCUUUAUUUGGUAGUGGUUGUGUAAAAAUUUCCUUAAUAUGUAUAAUUUUGUAUUUAUAGACUUAAAACUGAAUGCGUAAUGUGUAUGUAGUAUUUGUUAUAAACCAUUGGUUUACAUUGAGGAAUACAGUAUUAACUUGGAAAGCAAUUCAAAAGGAUUUUUUGUACAAUUGUGUGUUCAAAGAAAGCCGUUACGAUACUGUUUCAUUACACAACAUACAAUGUUUCAAUUAUAUGUUUGUAUGUAUUCUAGUUUUAUUGAGAGUCCAUCCUCCUUUACAGGCACCGAGAGUACGGACCCUGGACUUGUCACCAUUCAUAUCCUUUAAUGUUAUGACCUAUACAUAUUGAAUUCAGUAAUUCAUUGAAUGAUACUUAAUAAUUAUGUAUGCAAAAUGAUUUUUGUCAAUCAUAUGCUACAUCUAGUUGCAGAUAUAAUAUUCAUUUCGAUGAAUGUUGAUUGAAGACAAUAUGUUUAGGUUUAGAAUAUUUUAGUUUAGUUGUACCAAGUUAUCGUCGACAUUUUAUUUAAUAUUUUGGAUGUGCAAUGUCCAUUUUUGUCAUUUUGAAUUUACGUAUAUAUAGUACUUUUCUAUUUGAAUACUUUCAUUAUAGAUUUCACAACAUAAUGGUUUGCUUCAAUUAUCCGAUUUCGGAAAUCCAAAGUUUAUCAUCAUCAUCAUCAUCAUUUCCAUCAUCAUCAUUAUCAUCAUCAUCAUCAUCAUCAUCACCACCACCACCAUCAUCAUCAUCAUCAUCAUCAUCAAUACCAGUAUCUUCAUCAUCAUUGUUUUUGUUAGUCAAUUGAAAAAAAAAACGAAAUCAAAAUUGGUCGACUGUUCGGAAGAGUCUUUCAAAACAUAGUAAUAUAUUUGUAAAUAUAAUUAUCCAUACAACUGUCCACAAUAGCUUUGUAUAUAUUUUUAUAUACUUGUUUUAUCCUUGACAACGAUACUAUUUUCUAAACGCUUUAAAUUGGUAUAUAAGCAUAUCAUUCAUUGUAAAUUGUUCAUGGAGAAAACAUAUUUUUAUUAAAUGUCAUCAGAUGUGUUGACAAAAUUCAUUUGUUUAUAAACAAUGUACACUUUUUACAAUGAAACUUGUGUUUUUGCAUGUAAGAAAAGCUAUGAUAUUUCACUUCUAAACAAAGUACCAAAACCUUUUUUCAAAAAUUCUGUGAUAGUUGGUUAACAUAGAUUUUCAAUAUAUAAAUGUGAAGAUAUCAGGUAAGUCUUCACUUCUGUGCAGUCUUGUCUUUCCAGAUCCUAUAUUGUUGAUAGCUCAAUUUCUGUUGGAAUCCCUUAAUGGACUGUUCAAAGUUAAAGCUUGGCAAAUUCAUUGCUUAUAUCAAGCUGGUUAAAUGUAAAGUAAUAAUGCCAAUAAUGUAUUAUUAGUACAUUAACAGUUAUUAUGGUAAAGUUAUCAAUAUUGAAAUUUAAAAUAAGUGUAUGUGAACAUUAUUUUUUUUUGCUAUGAUAUUUUUUUGAAUUUUUAUGUAUUACUUUUCGUUAUGAUUUUUUCCCUAAUUAAAUCAAUGCUGAAACAUUUAUUUGUUAUUAUGAUCUAUAUCAUUAAAACAUUUAAACAUAAAGCUUUAUAUUUUUGUAAAUAACAUAAUCCUAUGUAAUAAUACUUUUCAUAAUAUAUUGUAAAUUGUCCGAACAUAAUUCAUUGACUUCAUAAUAUGUAAUAAUUUGAUGUUUCAUUUUAAAUUAUUACUAUGGACUUUUGUCCAUUGUACCAGAUAACAAAAUAUUUACCGUUUUUUAUACAUG